CUUUCCCAUCAAGACCAGCCUGACCUUUCCAGGAGACUGGACUCUUGAUCAAGGAAAAUACUCCAUUCACUAGAAACCCUACAUUGCUGCUAAGAAGGAAAUUCACCAGAAUCAGCAAGAAUGGAAAGUGUCCCAGGAGACUACAGCAAACGAGUGUAUCAAGGCGUGAGAGUGAAGCACACAGUCAAAGAUCUACUGGCAGAAAAACGAUCCAGGCAAACGAGUAAUUCAAGAUUUAAUGGCGGCGCCAGCUCCCCUCCGUCUCCGCUCCUCCAGAUGCCAGCAGGUUCACCAGUCAUGUCAGGUUACUAUGGUGUCAGAAGAUCUUUCCUGUCUGAUUCCGACUUCCACAACACCAAACAAUUUGCAAACGACCUCUGCACCUCCAGCAUAGCGAAGCCCUUCCCCUGUGAAUCCUCUGCGGGGCAGAGCCACGCCGCCCUCCUGGAUUCCUACUUCACAGAGCCCUAUGGGGAUCACCGCCCACCGGCCCUGACGCACAACACAGGCCCUCUGUUGGGAGCCUCACCCCUGCCGCCACUCCUGCCGCCCCCAUUCCCCAGCGACCCCACACACUUUGUGCUGAGAGACUCGUGGGAGCAGACAGUGCCGGAUAGCCUCAGCCAGCUGGACCCUGUGCCCACUGAUGCCCUGCAGACCUUGCCACCCAGCAUGAGUUGCCUCUCCCAGCUGGAGUCGGGCAGCACCACCCAACACAGGAACUCAAGCUGGGGGGGCCCCGUGGCUGGGGCUCAGUCCUACUCGUUGCAUGCACUAGAGGAUCUGUAUCACACACCAGGGUACCCCACCCCGCCCCCAUACCCCUUCACCCCUUUCACAGCAAUGUCCAAUGACCUACCACCCAAGGCAGUGCCCCUCGCCCCAGACGAGGGGGCAGAUGCCUCUGCCCCUCAGGACCCUUCACCAUGGACCAAAGAAGAUGGGAACAUGGUGUGGGGGUCAUACGAAUGCCGCAGAGCUUACUGA